CUAAAUAGUUUUGAGUGUUCUCGACACAUAAUACCAGCCUCUAUUUCUGAACACACGCUUGUGAGCAAGCAAUAAACACUUUAUUCCAUUCGAACCACUUCAACACAGUUUCAUCCGAAUAACAGUUUAGUUCGGAUCGUUUAGUUCAAGUACAACAAUUGUCUUCUCCUCGCCUAUAAGAUUCUUAAUAGAAUCUAAUGGCGUCAAUUAAAUACUCAAAGUGUAACUAUUAACGAAAAUAAAAAAUGGUGCUUUCCGAUCGAUUUUUAAUUAAUUCUUUGUGUUACGUUUUAAUUUUCUUAAAUAAAUCAACGAUAUCGGAUGAUUUAGAUAAUGAUGGUUACUUUUUGGAUCAAUUAAGUGAAGUUGGACGGGCUAAUUUGGAUGCGGACGUUUUUGAGUGUCCAUCCAGCAAUGUCAUCACUACUCGGUACAAAUGCAAAGUUGAUGACAAAUGGGUCGACUGCACGAGGAAACACUGCUGUCCCGACUACGUAUUUAUUUCAGGCAGGUGUGUCCACAAAGAUGAGGAUCCAUGUUCAAUGGAGUUAUGUGAACAAAUGUGUACGGUUUACCAUCAAAGAGUAAUUUGUACCUGUUUCGAAGGAUAUAAAUUUAGCCCAGAAAAUCAAAAAUUGGGGAUAAAACCUGUUUGCGUAGAUGUGGAUGAGUGCUUAGAUAAUAAUGGGGAUUGUAGCCAAAAGUGUGCCAACGAAGUUGGAAGUUAUAAAUGUUUAUGUGAAACAGGGUAUAAACUAUCCGGGGACAACAGAACAUGUAUUCCCAUAGAAGGUGGAGAGUUGGGAUUGGGUUACAAAGGAAGGGAAAUGGACCAACAAGCGGCUACGAGAGAUCAUUGCUAUGCAAAUUGCGAUACCGUGUCCAGACUACACGAAAAGAUAAAAGCCCUCCAAGAAAAAGUGUCAGCUUUAAGUACUGCAAUCAAGUUGUCCAGUCUGGCUUCGGGUCCCCCAGGACCACCCGGGCCCCCGGGAAUUCCAGGACCGCAAGGACCACGAGGAUUCGCUGGUCAAGGAUCGACAACAACAAGCGGAAAUCAAGACUACACAUAUUCCAUUUUAGACGCUUUUGUACCCCUUCAAACGGGAAUAGAAUCCGAAGAUGGAGCGGCUUAUUGUAAAUGUAAAAGAGGACCUCAGGGUGAUCCGGGACCGGCUGGAUCUCGCGGGCCAAAAGGAGAUCGAGGAGAGAGAGGUCCCAGAGGACCAAAAGGACCAAAAACUUCUCUGGAUAAUGUUCUUUUAUUGUUAGCAGAUUUUAGACAUGAUAUUCAACAUUUACAAAAUAGAGUUUAUUUAAACGGAGAAAAACCACCUAAAUUUGAGAUAACUCAAUUUUUAAGAAAUAAAGAUCGCCAACGUUGGGAACGUCAAAAUCGGCUACUUCAAGGAUACCUAAAACCGAACGAUGAAAGAAUAAGUUCUACAUCAUCAACUUCAUCGUUGACUUCACCUUCGUCGCCUGAUUUUAAUGAUGGAAAAAAUCAGGUGGAGGAAUUCCAGGAUAACACAAGUUUUUUAACUGAAUCUUACGAUUUUAUGGAUACUGAAGAUGCGCAAAAUAUGAACGAUUCAGAUUAUUAUUAAAUAAUUUCUUAAUUAAUUAAAUUUUAUUAGGCUCCACUUUAAAACGAUAUUUUUUAGAUUUAAACAAAUUAUUAAGCAAUAAUUAUUUUGUUAUUGUUACAAACUCUGUUAUUCAAUCCUCAAUUUCCCACUUUAUUAAUAACAUCAAUAAUAAUAACAAAUAAAAAUCCUUGUUAUCUUUACGACCUAAACAACGAUAACCUCUCCUUCUCAACAGUCAAUUGAAUUUGAUUUCCUUUAAUUACAUCAAAUCCGAAACAACAAUUAGUUCUAUCUGAACAUUUUAACGACUCACAUUCGAUUUGUGACAAAUUUUAUAACAAAUUGUAUUAACAAAGUGCUGAUAAUUAAAAAUGCAAACGAAAACCUUAAUCGUUUCGUGUUGGAAGUUUUAUUUCCUUCUAUUAACAAUGCCCGGAUUAACUUCUUCGAAAUGUUUUUCAACAAUGGGUAAGCAAGUCGUACAUUGUACCGGUUCGAUUACAUCGAUAAAAGAUAUUUACGAAGAAAUCGAUCCAACGACGAGCGUUGUUGUUGUAAAGGAUCUUCAAAAAUUCGUAAUCGAUCCGAAUGAACACCUUCAUGAAAACUUUAAAAGUCUUACGUCGUAUCAACUUUCAAGAAUUAAUGAUUUACAACUUAACAGAAAUGCCUUUAUGGGUUUGAGUAACUUAUUAAUCAUGAAAUUCGCUGACAA